AUGUCAAAAACUGCUGCAGGCGAGAAGCUACUUCAUGAGCUUGGCUACAGGCUGGGUCAAACGUUAGGGGAGGGCAGCUACUCCAAGGUGAAGGCGGCCACCUCCGACAAGUACAAGGGCCCCUUAGCCAUCAAGGUGGUGGACCGGCGCCGAGCCCCCCCAGACUUUGUGCACAAGUUUCUGCCUCGCGAGCUCUCCAUCCUGCGGAUGAUCCGGCACCCCAACAUCGUGCGCGUCUUCGAGCUCAUUGAGGUCUGCAACGGGAAGCUCUACAUCGUGAUGGAGGCGGCUUCCACCGACCUGCUCCAGCUGGUGCAGCAGCUCGGCAAGCUGCCCUGCGUCCCCGAAGCCCGGGACAUCUUUGCGCAGGUCGUGGGGGCCGUGCGCUACCUCCACGACCGCAACUUGGUGCACCGGGAUCUCAAGUGCGAGAACGUGCUGCUCACUGCUGACGGCCGCCGGGCCAAGCUCACCGACUUUGGCUUUAGCAAGGAGGCCAACGGCUACCCGGACCUGAGCACCACGUACUGCGGGUCGGCAGCCUACGCUUCCCCGGAGGUGCUGCUGGGCAUCCCCUACGACGCCAAGAAGUACGACAUGUGGAGCCUGGGGGUGGUGCUCUACGUGAUGGUGACGGGCUGCAUGCCCUUCGACGACACCCACAUCCACAGCAUGCCCCGGCGCCAGAAGAAAGGGGUGCUGUACCCAGAGGGGCUGCCCCCGCUGCCAGAGCCCUGCCAAGCCCUCAUCGCCCAGCUGCUGCAGUUCAGCCCGGCCUCCCGGCCCGGCGUGGGCCAGGUGGCCAAGAACAGCUGGCUGAAGGGGGACAUCUGA